UAAAAAAAGGCCUGGCCAGCGUAGCUUAAGAUUCAAAAUUCGGUUACAUGGUUUUACCUCUCAGAAGUUUGACUGUUGGUUCCCGCUUUAAACACGUCCUCUGCUGUUUUCAUUCUCUACACAAAUUCAAAUCUCCAUCUCACGAAACCCUUCAUUUUCACUCGGAGAAAUGUACAUCAAUGAACCAAAUCAAACAAAUUCAUGCCCAAAUCAUCAGUCAAGGCCUCACCAAUGAAAACCUCACAGUUGGGAAGCUAAUCUCCUUUUGUGCUAUAAGCAACAACGGAAAUCUUGAAUACGCCCAGCUCGUAUUCGACCAAAUAACUGAACCCAAUAAAUUUAUGUACAAUAGCUUGAUAAGGGGCUACUCAACUAGUGACAACCCAAUAAAAGCCAUUUUAUUGUACCGUGAAAUGAUAAAUAGGUGUCUUUCUCCCAAUGAGUUUACUCUUCCAUUUGUUCUAAAAGCGUGUGCUAGUGAAUCAGCGUAUUGUGUUGCUGCGGUUGUUCACGGUCAUGGUGUUAAACUAGGAAUUGGAUCUCAAGUUUAUGUGCAAAAUGCACUUAUUAAUGUUUAUGUUGUUUGUGGAUUAAUUUUAUGCGCCAGGAAAGUGUUUGAUGAAAUUUCCGAGAGGACUUUGGUCUCGUGGAAUUCGAUGAUUGGUGGAUAUUCUAAAAUGGGUUGCUGCAGAGAAGGCUUUUUGUUGUUCAAGGAGAUGAGAGAUUUGGGUUUGGAACUUGAUGAGAUUACCUUAGUUAGUUUGCUUUCUAUUUGCUCACAAAGUUGUGAUCUAGAUUUGGGGAGGUAUGUACAUCUUUAUAUGGUGGUUACUGAGGUUGAGAUUGAUAUAAUUGUAAGAAAUGCGCUUUUAGAUAUGUAUGCUAAGUGUGGGGAUUUGCAUUCAGCUCAAACAGUUUUUGAGCGGAUGUCCUAUAAAAAUGUGGUUUCUUGGACUUCCAUGGUUUCUGCAUACGCUAAACAUCAGCUCGUUGACUCUGCCAGGGAAAUUUUUGACCGGAUGCCUGAGAAGAAUGUGGUUUCGUGGAAUUCAAUGAUUUCAUGUUAUGUUCGAGAAGGUCAUUGCAAGGAUGCUCUUAAUCUCUUCCAUGAGAUGUCCGAUUUGGGAGUAGUGCCUGAUGAAACUACCCUAGUUUGUGUUCUUUCAGCCUGUAGUCAGAUUGGUGAUUUGGUCAUGGGAAAGAAAGUUCACAAUUACAUUUGCAACAAUGAUAUGAGACCUAGUGUUACUCUAUGUAAUGCCCUUAUUGACAUGUAUGCAAAAUGUGGUUUUGUAGGAAGAGCUUUUGACAUCUUUAAUGAGAUGCCUGAAAAGAAUAUAGUUUCUUGGAAUGUAAUUAUUGGAGCUCUAGCAUUGCAUGGUUAUGGAUUAAAAGGGGUUAAUCUCUUUGAAGAGAUGCUAGGUGGUAGGAUCUGGCGACCUGAUGAGAUCACCUUCAUGGGAUUACUUUCUGCUUGUAGUCACAGUGGGCUUGUAGACAUUGGCAAAUAUUACUUUGACAGAAUGAAAUCUGUUUAUGGCGUGUCACCUGAAAUUGAGCAUUACGCUUGUAUGGUUGAUCUACUAGGGCGAGGUGGUCUCUUAGAAGAAGCAGUUAGGCUAAUAGGACGAAUGCCUGUAAAGCCUGAUGUUGUCGUUUGGGGUGCUUUGCUUGGUGCUUGUAGGACCCAUGGCAAUAUAGAGAUUGGGAAGCUAGUUCUAAAGCAGCUUCUGGAAUUAGAACCAAAUAGUUCAGGACUUUAUGUACUUAUAGCAAACUUAUUCUGUGAAUCACAAAGAUGGGAAGAUGUGAAGAAUAUUAGGAAACUAAUGAACGACUGUGGGAUCAUGAAGUGUAAAGCAAUUAGUUUCAUUGAAAUUAAGGGAUGUGUUUAUGAGUUUAUGGUUGAUGACAAGAGACAUGAAAAGUCAGGUAGUAUAUAUUCCAUGCUUGAUCAAUUGAUGGAUCAUUUGAAGUCUAUUGGCUAUUCAUGCAACUAUUUUGCUGCAUCUUUGGGUGCGGAGGAAAUAUAGACCUAGGUCAAAUGUAGAUUAUUUUGUAAGCUCGAAGUGUUAUU